UGGUGUUUUAAUUGCGCUCAGAAGAGUCUGGUUUAAAAUUUCAAAAAUGACCAAUACACAUUUCAAGCGGGACGGCGAAGUUCUCCAUUUAAGUAUCUAUUUUCCAGGCGUUACUUGCCAAAACGAAUGCUUUUUAUUAUGUUUUGUAGCCUUCAUAAGGUCAAUGAAUCCAUAUCUUUGACUCUUGCUCUAAUCAGAAGUACACAUACUGUUUACAGAACUACGUGUGAAUCGGCUGAAACUUUGUUAUCCAUAAAAAAUGGAGGAUAUCUAACGAUCGAUGAAAUUAAAACCGAAAUAAUUGACGAUGACACAAUGGACAUGGAUGACCAACAAAUUUCAAAUAACUCUACGGAUUCACAUAUGGACAUAGAGGAAUCUGAUCCAAUUCCUGAACUUGGACCUGCUGCUUUAGGCUUACAAAGAGUAGGCACUCAACCACCCCCAAAACCGAACCCACCUACACAACCUGUUCAAGUUUUGAAUCGUAGAGGAAUGCCAGCAAGAAUAAGAAAGAAAAAUAAAUUAUUUUAUGAUGAUAUUUUAGUUAAUCAUCCUCAUCAUAGAAUAAAAAAGGAUCCAUCACAUAUGGAUCAUAAACAAUCUCCUAAGAAAAUCACUAGAACAUCACCAACAAAAAGACAAAAUAAAAUAUCUAAUGAACAAAGAAAAAAUAAUAAUAUGUCAAGUCAACCAUCGACACCUUCAGUAACACCAAUUAAGCAAGAAAAGGAACCUGAUAAACCAAUGCAACCUUCAUCUCCAGAUCGUAGAAUCGGGCAAAAGAUUGGUAUGAGAUUAAGAAAUUUAUUGAAAUUACCGAAAGCACACAAAUGGGUUUGCUACGAAUGGUUUUAUAGUAAUAUUGAUAAAACACUUUUUGAAGGUGACAAUGAUUUUAUGAUAUGUUUAAAAGAAUCGUUUCCUCAAUUGAAAACUCGGAAAUUAACUCGAGUUGAAUGGUGUAAAAUAAGAAGAAUGAUGGGCAAACCGCGAAGAUGUUCUCAAUCGUUCUUUGAGGAAGAAAGGCGAGAAUUAGACAGGAAAAGACAAAAAAUUCGAAUGCUGCAACAGCGAAAAGCUGCAGAUAUUAACGGUUUUAAAGAUUUACCACCAGAAAUACCAUUGCAAUUGGUAAUAGGUACUAAAGUAACAGCAAGACUGAGAAAACCACAAGAUGGAUUAUUUACUGGGAGUAUCGACGCGGUGGAUACUAGUAAUAAUACUUAUAGAAUUACUUUUGAACGUGCUGGAUUGGGAACUCACAGUGUCCCUGAUUAUGAAGUACUGUCUAAUGAACCACCAGAAACCAUAAGUGUUGCUUCUUUUGCACAAAAAUUUCGACCGAGACAUAUACAAUAUGUACCAUCACCACCAUAUGCAAUGAAGCUAAUGUCACCACGUUUGAACAGUGAUCCAUUAAUAUCCAAUGCAUCUGUUUCAUUACCAAAGAAAUCACAUAUUGGUGGAACAAUGAAUGGAUAUCCCCUGAAAUUACUUGAAUUUAUGGUAAAAGUAAAUAAAAUAUUAGCUGCUAAAAAAAUAAAAAUUAAAAAAUUAAAAGAAAUGAAUAGUGAAGCAGAAAAAAGACGAUCAUUCGGAGAGCCGCUUCCACCAGAUUUUGAAAGAAGAUAUGCAGGGAUUGUGGUUGAAUUAGAAAAAAUGAAUACUGCUCUCCAAGAUUUUUUGAACGACGUCCAAGAAUUAUGUCAAGAAAUGGCCCCAGAACCUAGUGUUGCUGCUAUGUUAGCCCCAUCACAUCUCCGCGAGAAGUGUAAGCAGGAAGCAACAGAUAUGGUUGCAAAAAAUAAUAUAGUUAAUGACAAGGAACCUGGAAAAAUGACACAAUUAGUAACAGAUUUAACAGCUCUCAUGCUCCAAGUAAAGAGCUUGUCGGAUUCAGACCAAAAUGCAUAUGAGUUAAAGGUAUUACAGGGGACUAUGGAACAAAUACGUUCAAAAUUGAGUCCACAAAAUCAACAAGUUUUUCAAAACUGCGUUGAAAUACAUAUGCAGCAUAUACAAUUAGGUCUUGGACAAAGAGGUGCUUUAACACCAUUUAUGGCUCAAUGGGCUUAGUAAAUGUAAAAUUAAUUUUCAUAAUAUUUUUAAAAGAUGUACAAUAUUAAAACAAAUGUAGAUUACAAUACUACAAUAUUUUGUAAGAAAACUUAACUUUAUUUUAUUAUCUUUUUGUAUAGGGCAUAUCAUUAGUAAGGAGUACCUAUAUUAAUAGGAUACCAAUGUAUGUUCUACUGCAAUUGUACAUACAAUUCUAAAACCGUUUUCAAGUCACUUUCUAUAUAUGCCUUUCAGAAUAGUAUGCUGUGUUAUUAACAAAUUGUAUAGCGUCAGAAUUGUUUCGGUUUCCUAUUCCGCGUGUUUAUCAUAACAAGUCAAGCGCUAUUGGUCACUGACGAUUUAUAUGCAGGGACGGGUAGGAUAUUAUUUCAAAUAAUAAAUAAUGUCUUUUUAUUCUCUAUACACAUUAUGCACACACGUAAAGUUACCAGAGUUUAGCUAUUCAUUUUAUGCGUCAAAUCAUCAACAUAAAGUUGUGUUAUUUGUUGAAAUUUUUAUUUUCAUUUAAAAUACUAUUUUGUCCAAACUUUGUGUCAUUUAUUACUGUAAGUAGUAUAUGGAAUAUUAUUGGAAUAAAUUUUUCCAAUACUUUCAACGUGCAGUGUCGUGAUUGCUUAGAUUUUCAAUUGAUGUAGGCUUCACAAUUCGCAUAAAAUAGGAAGUUAAAUAUCUAUGAAUUAAAUAGAAUUGAUAUAUUUUACAGAGGUUGCUUUGAUGAAAUGCGUAUAGAAACUUAACUUUAAAUCAUCACAUUUUUAUUUUGUAUAGUAUGUCUUUGCUUAUAACUAAUUGGAAAGGCCAACAUUUAGUACAUUAGAAUUUCUAAAUCUCUAUGGUUCUGUAUCUUACAUGUAAACAUUCAUGUUUCAUAACAAAUUGUAAAUACAUUAAGAAGAUUCAGAAAUA